GUCAGAGUGGUUGCCAUGGUGAUAACUGGUAGGGCGGGGCUGGCCGGGGAAGGUGGUUGCACUUACCGACAAUGUCUGCGGAAAGCCGGCAGGCAUAAUUCAAAUCAAACUAUUUUAUAUUUCUGAAUCCCCCUAAAUUAUUUUCCAAAUGAACAUUUUGGGCCUUUGGAGCCGCCCAUUAAGUACUGGUGCUAUUUGCACGCUUCCAUAUCCACUAUCGCCGAGAAAGAUUGAGCGUGUUCUAGCGGGGUUGCUAGGUGGCUAGCGGACGCAGUUGAAGGAAAAUCAUCAGCCAUUCAGAGCAGAGGCAGCGCAGACCCGUUUUCCCAGGGUCACUGGACCUUCCUUGUCGGGAGAGUAAAUAUAGAAAAAAAAUCUACACAUGGAGCAACGACGGGGUUAUUACUGAAAAACGACAACCGUGUUCUGGACUGUUACAACAUGUCUUGUUGGCGACUGGCUUGGAGGCUUGACGGUGCUUGAUCAGAAGGCCUGGUUUUCAAUCUGGAAAUUUCUUGCCUGGGAUAGCAAUACCGUUUUUCUGACUACAUAGCAUUUUUUACUGCACCCACCCGCCGCCCCCCUCUCCCCAGCAUACACGAUGCGGACUGUAUCGACAAUUUGAUUUUUAGAUUAUCAUUUUAACUCGGAUACACAAGCUAUCGAUUAAAAGAUUGUUUCCAACGCAGUCUUUUAUGGGAUCACUAUUUCGUUUCGGUCCGCAGGUCUAAGCAAAAAUGUUGAAUUGGAGGCGGCUGCUGCGGGUAUCAAACCGCUCAUUUUUGGCCUUCAUUUUUUUCUUUUCUCUAUCUACGUCUUGUCUCUACUUCAUUUACGUAUCUCCUGGAAUAGCGAACACCUACUACUUCAUGGUCCAAGCCCAAGGCAUCAUGCUGAGAGACAACGUGCGGACGUUUGGUCACAUGAUCAGGCUGUACACCAACAAGAACAGCACGCUCAACGGAACAGAUUACCCCGACGGCAGCAACUCCAGCGAAUUGAUGGCGCAGCCGACCGCCUAUCUCCCGGAGAACUUCACCUACGCGCAGAACCUGCCCUGCCCAGAAAAACUGCCUUCUAUGAAGGGUCACAUCGACGUGAACAUGACUGAAGUCCCCAUGGAGGAGAUCCUCCGGAGGUUCCCCAGGAGCUCGGGCGUCCGAACCGCCGGCCACUGGAAGCCGCGAGACUGCAAGCCGCGCUGGAAGGUGGCCAUUCUGAUCCCCUUCAGGAACCGGCACGAGCACCUCCCCAUUCUGUUCCAGUACCUCAUCCCGCUGCUGCAGAACCAGCGCCUGCAGUUCGCCUUCUACGUCAUCGAACAAACUGGAAGCCAGCCGUUCAACCGAGCCAUGCUCUUCAACGUGGGCUUCACGGAGGCCAUGAAGGACCUGGACUGGGACUGCCUCGUCUUCCACGACGUGGACCACAUCCCCGAGAACGACCGCAACUACUACGGCUGCGGCCAGAUGCCCCGCCACUUCGCCGCCAAGCUGGACAAGUACAUGUACAUCCUCCCGUACAGCGAGUUCUUCGGCGGCGUGAGCGGCCUCACCGUGGAGCAGUUUCGCAAGAUCAACGGCUUUCCCAAUGCAUUCUGGGGCUGGGGCGGGGAGGACGACGACCUCUGGAACAGAGUGCACUAUGCCGGGCUCAAUGUGAGCAGACCAGAGGGAGACUUGGGGAAGUACAAAUCAAUUCCGCAUCAUCACCGAGGAGAAGUACAGUUCCUGGGGAGGUACAAACUGCUAAGGUACUCCAAAGAGAGGCAACACCUUGAUGGUUUGAACAACUUGAACUACACACCCAAAAUCACUUUGAGUAGCCUGUAUAAAAAUAUAACCGUCAACCUUUAUCCGGAACUGGCUCCUAUUCCAGACUACUGACUGCCGUCGUCCUCUGCCGUUUCGCAAGCACCUCCUGGGAGGGAUGCCCACACCCUCGGGGAAGAAAGGUCCUGUCCUUUUUUUUUUUUCCCCCCCUCCCCGGCUCUGUCGCGGGGACGCGUUGUUUGAAACGUUUCCAAAGUUACCUUGGCUCGCCGAGAGAGAAUUCCACCGCGAAGUACGUCGACCGAACGAACGAACGAACGAACGAACGAUCGACCGUGCGUGUCAUUGCAUGUUGUCUGUGUCGGCUUCAGCUACUAAAACACACAUCACAUUUCGGAGGAGCGGAGAGGAGGGGUGCGUCGCCUUAAGAGAACCCGUCGCCAAGUCCUCGUCUCUCACUUUGCAUUCUUGCGAAAGCCACCCUGGUAAAAUGCUGAAGGGAGACGUCCAGUCAAAGUCUGUCGGCUGAUGAACGCUGUAAAUUGCGUUCCGUGUAAAAUACUUUGUAAAAUACUAUUGUAAAAUGAACCGUGUGUAUAAGACACUGACGUCGUGUAGUAUACUCACUUUGAAAUGUUAAUAUACGCUAUUCUUAGAAGUGCGGUGUGAAAUGUUGAAAAGUGUGAAUUCCCCACCUGUUUGAUGGCUUAUAGCACAGGAACGUACCUUGAACUCGAUGGAAACGCCUUUUUCUUUGUGUCGUAAGAUAAUGGACUGCCCCAGGACUAAACCUGGGUUGUAAUUUUUUUCUCUCCCAAAACUAAAACAAUCUCAGUUUGAUCGUGAGAACGAUAUUUUGCUGAGAAAAUUUAAAAGAAAAAAAAAAAAAGAUUUUCCUGGCCUUAAGCCAUGCUUUUCGUCUGAAUUGCACAACUCUAUAUCAGUUCAUAGACUUUGACUGGACCUUUGCUUUUACCAUUACCGUAGAAGCCAAUAGAUAUUUGUUUAUAUCAUAUGUUUGUACACACACAAUUUUUUUUUAAGCAAGGGUUUUUUCCUAGAAAACAUAAAAUGUGAUUUUGUACAUGUGAUGUAUAUUUGACAAUACAUUUUAUUUUUUGUAUUUAUUUUUUUAAUUUAAGUUUUUUUUUUUUUUUUUUCUUUUUUUGAGAAGUUCUCUUUCUUCACGUGUUUACAUGAGCACACUCCAUAUCUGGCUGCCAUGCAGAGAUCAUUUGCAUGAGUGGACCCUGUGUAAAUAAGGGCCUUGUAAAAUGGUUAGCAUAGUAAAACUAUUAAGCAUAUUCCAGUGUACUUUUAUUUUGGCAGCUAUGUCCCAUUUCCCCUGCACCAUUUUAGUAGAUUAUAUAAUUAACUGAGCUGAGUGGCCUUCUGCCUGGAGGACUAUAAGAAUAAGUUUAAUGCGAGCAGAGGCUUUGACGUGUUGCUAUUCUUAACUGUAGCUUGUCAGCACCUUUCAUGCAUGCCUUAAUUGAUUUCAUUUUCUUUUUCUUUUCUUUUUGUUGUAUAAAUUCUGAUUUUUAAAAAAAUUUGACUCCAUUGCUGUUGUUGACGCAUAAGCGGUGUUGGUCCUUUAUUCAAGUGCACUGUGUUAAAGGUGACGUUUUGUUUAUAUGAAGGCGUGCUGCGGACACUCGAGUGCCAUGGGGGGCACUUGUCCCUUUGCAAGCUCUGCCAGAAUGUUCCGGACAAAAUGUACCACCGGUCUCGAUUGUAAGUUUUGUUCUUUUUCUCCCGUCUGAUUCACGUUUUAAUUUAAUUUUAUAUCUCCUUAGAGGUCUAUCUGAGACUGUAAAAAUGCCGAAAAGAAAGAUGGCGAAGGUGACGCGACGUCGUCUUUUAGCGGCUCAAGGAAUGGGCCUAGGUCGUAAACCUGUUGGCUACGUGCUUAAGCUUUGGACGUACAAGCAGUUAUGCUAUCGUGGAAACGUUGCGUUAGCUUGUUUUUUAUGCGCUCUCUUCCCCCCCCCCCCCCCCACCCCAAACGUCUUUAUGGACUUUUCGUGGUUCGGCUGUACUCUGUUGCCAUUUACCCAUGUCACCAUAAAUGUUUUUGUUAUUUUUGAGGUUGUCAACAGGAGGAGGAAAAUCAAAAGUUGACCUCAAACUGCCAGUAACGUAGCCAAUUGCUGUCUGCAGAAAGCCUCCACCGUAGUUUUCUGAAUUAAAUCUGUUUAACUUCUGUCUCGUAAAAUAUGCCAUUCUUUGGUAGCCAGAGGGUAAAGAUGUUAUAAGCUGUUAUAGCUUGCAAACUUCAUUUGGCCAUUAAUCGAUAUUGCUGCUACUUCCAUCUGUCAGGAUUCCUAGGAGGAAAGUUAACGUGGUUUUUGUAGUUUCUCAUGAAACUCAAAUGCUGUUGUGAAUUGGUAGUUCUUAAACCUGGCCUCAAUUCAGUUUGCAUAAUUUGUAAAAAUCUGGCCAUAACAUGGAAAAAACAUUCAUUCAUUAGAAUAUAAAUGUAAUAUUGUGACAAUAUUGUCAACAUUGACAACACACUAUCUCACAUUUAUUGUUUUUGUUGGUUGCUAUCCUGUGUAAAUACAAUAUCAAGUUGUAUACAUGACAAAACUACAGUGUACAUAUUCUGAUGGGGUUUGAAUAGGAAAACCUGCUGACAUGAACUGUCAUUAUAGUUUUUCAUUGUUUUGUUUUUUUCAUUCACGUUUUCCAUGUCUGCAUCCAUAUAUGUGUAUUCUUAAGAUGACAGGUUGAGAGGAAUCAUAUUUAAUGUUAGGUAGCAUAAGUGAUAUGGCCAAGACUUCUUGAGCGUACAUUUUCCAGGGAAUUCUGACGUGUUUAAUAGUUUAUGGAUAGGCAUUAAUGCUGACUAGCAGCAUGGCCUGCUCGGUUUACCUCAGUCUAGUCUCCAACCUCAGAAAGGACACUGAAUGGUCAAGUUAAACAGGAGUACCAUCCAGCUUUACACUAAAUGGGCUAAAACAUUUAAAAUGAAGGUAGCCUGAAGGAUUAUUGGAAAAUGGAAAUAUUGGUGUUGUUCUUGUAUAUUUUUUACACCCCUUUUAAGUAGAUUUUCCUUUUUAGAGAUGUAUUGCCUGAACUCGGACACAAUGCGACUACUAACCUGACAAUAUUGAUGUUAUUGUGAAAUAACUGGCUAAUCAAAUAGCCAGGUGGCUUAUUAGUUAGCCAGGUAUGCGUUUACUUGAACUACUGAUUUAGGAUUCAGGUUAUGGUAGCUAGCAGUUUAUUUGCAGAUAUUAAAAGAAAAAGAAAAAAACAAGGUAAAAUUGCUUCCUUUCUCAAUUCUCUUUGUUAAAAAAUAAAUAAAUAAAUGAAUAAAACAAAAUCUUGUUAGUUGGAUAUUGCUGACUGUGUUCGACAUCCUGGGGAAAUGCACUUUACCUUGUUUUUCUGUCGCAGCCUAGACAGGAGAAAUGGGCUGUAGGGAUUUGUGAGGGUGCUGUUGUAAAUAUUUUUAUUUGCCCAGGGUAAGGGCAGGCCUCUAGACGAUUCUGGAAAAAUGAUAUUGGUAAAUGCAUUCAGUCUGGUCUAGUACGUUUAGCAUGUGUCCGAAGGAGGCUACAGAGACAGAAGGGCAUUUACGUUUACUGCGAAAGAGCGUUUAAAAAAAUGUGUACUUAUUUUUUGGCAGAAUAACCCAAGUGUUCAGAUGUCUGGUGUAUUUUAAUUGAUAUUUCUUCCCUAUCAAUGUGUGAUCUUUAAAGAUGGACCGUGUAAUAACUGCAUUCCUCGGUUGUAUCAUUGUGCAUUUAUACACAAAGUCUGUGAUUCAUAACAAGGCUGUUUAAUUAGUAUAUCCAUGUUGAUUUUGUCACAGACCAUGGUUUUAAAGUCUGAUUUAUUUUCUGGGGUUUGUGUGUUGCCUUCAUGCUUCAUUGCCUAUUUAAAGGGGCGGUUCACCUAAAAAUGAAAUUAAUUGUACGCUGCCACUUUUCCGGUGUACUGACUGUCCUGUCUCUUCUUCCACGGGUUUCCAGUGCUUUUUCUCCCCCCAUAGGGCUUUCAGUUUCUCCUGUGUAUAUUUUCGUAAAGUCUUGACCAAAGUAUGGCAGUAUCGUGUUAGGUCAUAGCCCUAAUUCUGGGAAGUGUGUUAGUGUUUUUAAGCCAUGGGUUCUCUUGGCAGAUUCCCAAUGUUUUUGAUUUAUGCAGAAAAUAAGGUCUGUAAUUAACAUAACCCUAUGUCAUGUUUUGUCCUAUGACAUAAAUUACACCCGUUAAUAUCUCAACAGUGAAUAACUUCCCUGUGUUAGGACUACAAACUGACACUGUGCCGCCAUGCUUUGGUUGAAUCUUUGCACAGAUAUAUACACGGUUGCCGUUCUUUGGUCGAAGAAAUUGCUCUUGAUGAAACCGUGCACAAAUUAACCUCUGUGGAUGUUUGAGUAACUAGCAAUAUAUUUGGAAAGAGACGUUGCUGUUGAGUUAUCUAGAAAACUUGUUAGAUCUCCGCAAAACUAUCUAGAUGGGUAGAUAGUACUCUGGGUAAGUGGAAACGUACCUUAAUUUCAUUUUUGGGUGAACUCCCCCUUUCUCCCCCUUUAAGGAAUCCCAAGUGGAAAUUAGUUGACAAUAAUUUUCAAAAAGUUGGGGAUAGCUACGCAGUAGGAGUAACAUGUUCGCAAGGGUUUAUCUUCAGAGUUAACGUACUGAUGUAGAUGUCUAGACAUAUUAAGGUGAAACCAAAGUGCAACUUUUCCAUCCAUACAUCACUGCUAUGGCCACCAUCAGGCUCCUAGACUCAUUUUUACAGUUCAACCACUUGGUAAAUACACUGAUGCCUGUGUGUAUUGAAUUAUAACCAUAUCAAAAAAAAAAAACAAACAAAAACAAAAAAAUGUAGAAUUAUUUUAAAUGUGGAGUAUUAAGUCUUUCAGUAUUCAUAUAUUUAUAUACAUGUGCCUUGAGGCCCCUCCACCCCCCGCCCCAUUUUUUAUUUUGUUGUUUUACUUUUUACUGUUCUUUAGAAAUGCAAUUUAUGUUUUUGGCUGUGACUUGGCUUGUGUUGUUUUUCAGUGAAGUUUGAGUGCACAUUCUAUUGUUCUGUUUUUAUUUAUGAACUCUGACCUAGACAUUAGAGGCAUUUUGAUUGAACAUGUUUAGAUUUUCAUUAUUUUUGUAAAACUUUGCAGUUCCAGGGGAGGAGUUUGCUAUGAACAUGUCCGGUCAUUGUGGAAAAAAAGGUUUGACAGUACGGCUGCAAUGACGAUGAUUGCGGUCGGCACUAUACACCUCUUGUAAUCUAAUGACGAUGAAGUCGGUCAUAGUUUGACUCUGUAACCUUUUUUUUUAAAUUCAGCAAAAGUCAAAUCCUUUGGUUGCCAUGUUCUUGCGCCACAAUGCUUUAGCUGAGAGGAGUUUCCUCUGAAAACAAAGCCUCAUUUUUAUUUUUUCUUUGGAAUGAUAUGGGUGUAGUUUCAGAGGAUUGUAUGCGUUAAUUUUUUUAUUUUUUUUGCACAAAGUUUUGUAGCGAGUUUUCUUUGGCAGCUUUAACAGGACAAGUUUACUCCGUGGAAGUUGUUGUAUCCAUUUGCUGUUCAUAAAAUACCAUUGAAGCGCCAUGAUUGUCCAUUACACACGCAAUGCGCAUUAAAUGAUCAACAUCACUUUCCUGGCUAGUUUAUUAGUCAUGUGACUGCCCCACCCAGAUCCAAACUGAGAAUUACAACUUGAAAACAGCAGAGUCACUCCAAUACAAAUGGACUUUCAUGUAAGCUAUCCAUCUUCUGAUUUGUCCAUAGGAUAUUUGUAUAUUUUUUAUCAUUGUCUUGUAUGAAAAUAAAUGCACAAAUAUUAGCAAAGCAGAA